GGAGAGUGUGGGACAAUGGGACUGUUACGAUCCGAGCACCGCACCUAGGAACUUUGUAGUUUUCUGGGGAUAGAUGUCUGCUAGGGUGGGUCACGCAGCGCGCUUUUUGGGUUGUUUCAGGCGUAUCCAAGCAAUGGUAACACAGCUUGGCACUGUGUUUGAGGAAGCAACCCUAGUGUCUGCGGCACACGUCGAGAAUGCGAGCCUGGAUGUAGCUGAUUGGAGUAGCAGAGUUCGCGAUUACACGGCGGAGGGGGAGGAGGGGAUGUUCUGAAGUGGGCUUUCUGUAGGACUCUCUAGCGGCCAUGUUAACCAAGAAACCCUGCGCUGCGGUCUACCCAACUGGCAAAGGGGGUGACAUUUGCCAGCUGCAGUCUUCCCCCGGAAUCGGCGUCGGGGGUCUCCGGACUGGAGCAGGGACUGAGCCGUCAUCGCCUGUUACAUUACCUCCCCUCAGGAACACCACCUCGCUUACGGUUGGAGGCAAUAAGCACGCAAUGAAUGACCAUCUGCAUGUCGGAAACCACCAGCAGAUUCACGUUCAACAGCUGUUUGAGGAAAACAGCAAUAAGCGGACAGUGUUGACUACACAGCCGAAUGGGUUGACACCAGCUGGCCGAGCAGGCUUGUCCCUGCCAGAGCGGCAACAAGAAAGCAGCCACGGUAGAGAGGGCAGUUCCACCUCCAUUAAAUCAACCGAUAGCAAGCCUAAGCCAGCCCCUUUGACUCCUGAACUGGCCAUGAAGCAGUACAUGUCCAAGCUGACAACAUUUGAGCACCAGGAGAUUUUCAAUUAUCCUGAAAUCUACUUUGUAGGCCCGAAUGCUAAGAAACGGCCCGGCGUUAUCGGGGGCUCCAACAAUGGAGGUUAUGAUGAUGAUCAGGGAUCCUAUAUCCAUGUGCCCCAUGACCAUAUAGCCUACAGGUACGAGGUUCUGAAGGUCAUUGGUAAGGGCAGUUUUGGACAAGUGGUGAAGGCAUAUGACCAUAAGUCCCACCAGCACGUGGCCUUGAAAAUGGUACGCAAUGAGAAGCGGUUCCACCGCCAGGCGGCCGAGGAGAUUCGUAUCCUUGAGCACUUGCGCAAGCAAGACAAAGACUUCACCAUGAAUGUCAUCCACAUGCUGGAGAACUUCACAUUCCGCAACCACAUUUGCAUGACGUUCGAGCUGCUGAGCAUGAACCUCUACGAGCUCAUCAAGAAAAACAAGUUUCAGGGCUUUAGCUUGCCACUAGUGCGCAAAUUCGCGCACUCCAUCUUGCAGUGUCUGGACUUCCUGCACAAAAACAGGAUCAUUCAUUGUGACCUGAAACCGGAGAACAUCCUGCUGAAACAACAGGGACGCAGUGGGAUAAAAGUGAUCGACUUUGGCUCCAGCUGCUUCGAGCACCAGCGGGUCUACACUUACAUCCAGUCACGGUUCUACAGGGCUCCAGAGGUCAUUCUGGGUUCUCGUUAUGGGAUGCCAAUUGAUAUGUGGAGCCUGGGUUGCAUUUUAGCGGAAUUACUUACAGGGUACCCUCUCUUGCCUGGGGAAGAUGAAGGGGACCAGCUAGCAUGUGUCAUAGAGUUAUUGGGAAUGCCCUCCCAGAAACUGUUGGAUUCAUCUAAGAGAGCCAAAAAUUUUGUCAGCUCAAAAGGAUACCCUCGUUAUUGCACAAUUACGACCUUACCAGAUGGCACAGUGACGUUAAACGGUGGACGGUCACGCAGGGGAAAGCUUCGGGGUCCACCAGGAAGUAAGGAUUGGGUAACAGUGCUUAAAGGCUGCGAUGACCCCCUCUUUCUGGACUUCCUCAAGCAGUGCCUGGAAUGGGACCCAGCCCUGCGGAUGACCCCAAGUCAGGCCCUACGCCACCCAUGGCUAAGACGCCGCUUGCCAAAACCUCCCACCGGGGAGAAAACAACCGUAAAGCGGAUCACUGAGGGCACAGGUGCUAUAACGUCUAUCUCCAAAUUACCUCCCACCUCAGGCUCAGCCUCAAAGUUAAGGACUAAUUUGGCACAAAUGACUGAUGCCAACGGGAAUAUACAGCAAAGGACAGUGUUGCCAAAAUUAGUCAGUUGAAUGCUUUUCUUUUUUUGCGUGUUUCUUUUCUUUAAAUAUUGUGAUAUUUAAAAUUGUGGAUAGCUGAGCAUUCACAAGCAUGAGAGUUUUUAGGAAUACAGAGUCUUUAAUGCAUAUUCACCACUUAUUUACAGCUACGUAGCACCUUUUUUGUGUUCAGAACACCUUUUUUUUUUAUUUUAAUUUUUUAGAAAUUCCAAAAUGGCCUAAAAAGAGGGAACAAUCCUUUUAAGUAUUUAUAUUUAUCUCUGGUUCUCUGCUACAGAGAACCUUCAUACUAACAGGCCUAUUACUAAUGAAGUGCUAGUCAGUCUCCUCACAAAUAUCUUGUAGCACAGAAGGCAAACAGACUUGGAACAAUGAAGUUAAUUCAGACUUGAUAUAUCUGGCUUUUAGCCCCUCCCUACCUCUAUAAACUACCAGAUCAAUAGUGCAUUAUUGGAGGGGGAUUUUAAAUGUUAGUAAAAGCUAUGAUAUCUGCAGCUCUGUAGCAUUGCAAGAUCUUUUUGCCAGUGAAUGGUAUUUUGAACAGAAGGGUACAAUGAGACAUUACUCAAAGUUUAUAGUGGAAAGUGAACGUUUUAGACUGUUAGGAGGCAGAAGGAGUGGAAAAAAAACAAUGUUUACAUGAUAGAUGACUUGGUAUGUGCCUAAAAAUCUCUUGACAUUCCUUAUUAAAUUUGAAUCGAGGAAAAGAGAGACUUUGCUUUCGAAACAGGCUGAUGGCAAGUUAAAAGGGGUAUAUGCAGUUUGACUGAAGGGACGCUGUUCUCGACAGUGAGUGACAGGCUGGUGUGCAUGUAACUAAGCUAUUUUUUGGAAGAGGUGUUGUACUUUCUACUGGAAACCCUUGGUGCUUUACCUUUUUUCUUUAAAGGGUAUUUUUUACUAUUUAAAUCUUAUGCUCUUGGAACAAAAUGAUGUCGUGUAACUAAUUAUAUUCAGCGAACUUGAGUUACAGCAAUAGGAUUGAAGUUCUUCACUAAUUCUCCCUUCAAGAGACUAGUAUUGUGUUGAGUUAGAAAGGCAUGUGCUAAUCACCUACUGACAAGACAUUAUUUACUUGAAUCUGAGCCAGUAUUAACACUAUCAUGAAAAGACUAUGGCAGAGAAGGGCACUUUUAAACUAGGGCUGAAGUAGUCUCAUCCGGUUGUCAUCUGUAAUCAGAGAUCUCCCUCUGCAACUUCAAUCACUUUUUCUAUAUUUAGCUUCCUAGUGUAGACUUGCUAGCAUAUGGCCAGAGUGUAAAUUCUUAAAAGCUUGUUCCCGUCUUUAAAUUCAAUCAAAUUUGUACCCAAAUAGAAAAAUUGGAUCAAAACGGCUUUUUCACAGUAAUGGCCAUUUUUGUAGCAUUUUUGACAUAGUAUGGUAAACAAAAAUGAACUGACAAGGGUCUGAAAGCUUUGUUAAAAGUUUUUAUUUAUUUAUUUCUUUGAAUUGUUUCUCAAAGAAGAGCUAAUUUAAACAGAAAUAGUGGCCUGAAAGGGUGUGGUCGGUCUGAUAUCAGUGGGGUGACUAAUGACGUAAUGCACAAGAACUCUGCUACUACUUCAAGACUCUGCUCAAAGAAAAAAGGCAAUCGUGCUUGGCCUGCUCUCACCCAGAUGUGGAUGUUGGGGAUGAAGAAAAGAGUCGGACAAUGGGCUGCUACGUGGAGAGGCAAAUCAUGAUGCCCCUGCUACUGGUUGGCAUGGUACCUUGCCCGCUGCACACUGUCCAGCCCCAGACCCUUAUGGACACCCACAGUAUAUUGGCAAAUGCACAGCGACCUGCCGACAUCAGUGGGCAGUUCACAUUGUACUUUAUAUGUGUUUGCUGUUUUGUGCAUUAACAGUGGUGGGGAAUAAUUGUGCCCUUAGGUUUAAUACAAUGUGCCUUUGAUUAUAAAUGCCAUUUCUUUUUUGUCCAAUAGAGACACCCCCCACCCUAACCAUCCUGCUCACUUGCUUUUAGCUAUACAGUAAAAUAGAGAAUAAUUAAGAUCCUCUUUAUAAUGGUGAUCCUCUUGCACUUGUCUGAGCAUUGGCCAAAGAUCCUCUCGGAAGCCAUGUUCUGGGAUCUGAGAGGAGGGUGGCUGCACAAAUGUUUUAUAUGCAGUUAAGACUUGCAAAAUUUCUGUCCCAUGAUUUGAAAUAAAAACUCAGAAACCCAUUACCAACAGGGAUAUCUCAGCACAUCAAAGCUACACCUAUUUCUCUUUAAUGGAUGAGAAAUGGAUCUUUUCUACUGCAUCCAUCUUGUCUUAACAUCAAAUUCAAGGGGUUACACUUGCUUCAUUUUAUUACUCUAGAAGUAACUGAUUUUACUAUUUUACCUCAGACUGUUGUGAUAUUCUUGUAAUGUAUUAACCCAGGGCAUUUGGUAUAAACCAAAGUGCAUUCCUUUCUAUGUUCGUGGCUAGGAAGGAAAAAAGCCAGUUUCUCCGCUGAGCUGAGGAAGCGGCUCUCCCGACACUUUUGCCACUCAAGGGCCAUAUAUGGGGCAUGCGCUUCUUCAGACAGGAAAGGAAGGAAGGUAGGAAAGGAUGGUCUGAGAUACUCCACCUUAGGAAAUGUCUGCACAAAGCAGUGUACCUCCAGAGCGUCUGUCGCUUGACAUGGUUGGAUGUGCAUAUCUUCAAUGCAGUGAGUACUGCCUCCCCAAAAGAACCCAAGUCAAUAUUCAGCUUGCGCUCAGUACUCCGAUGGUGACGCUGGGGCAGAUUGAUGCGAAUGGCUGAGUGUUACAAGUUGAGAGGAUGUACAUUUUUUGCUACUUUUUGUCAAAAUGUUAUCCCAGGAUCUUGAAUCUAGCUACCCACUGUCAACUUUAUUCAGUCCUUUUUUAAACAGAAUAUCUUUAAACAAGGAACAAAGUUGGCUCAUUUAUAUUCAACCAUAGAGGUGUACUGUAUAUAUGUGAAAUUUACUAAGAAUAUCGUGUGGACAUGUACAUAUGUAUAAUGUUUUCCUUCUUGUGAAAUGCUGCUGAUAACACUACAUCUGUUCUGUAGUGGAUUUUAAAUUUGGCGGCCAGUUUUAUGAUACUGUAUGUAUUGUACAGCUGUUGAAAGUAAACUUUUUUUUUCUAGUGA